GAGCCGCUUUUAUUUGAUGUCUGAUCUGAAAUUCUGAUUUAUGUUUUUUGCCGUUUUUCUUGUUUGGUGAUUGUGAAACAUUGUUUUUAAUUAAAUAUAAUUGCUCUAAGUAUUAUUCAUAUUUCACAUUAUGCAUUUUCAAUAUAUUGGGCUGUAGUCUUUUUUUAUCAAAGGACACUUGUGAAUUUAUUGUGAUUAAACAUUACAUAGGUAUUACGAACCUACUUUCAUUGAAAUCGUUACCGAAAUAAUAUAAGUUAAAGAUGACUUCAGCUCUUUACUUAGAGCAUUAUCUGGAUAGCCUCCAGCAUUUGCCGAUUGAGUUACAAAGAAACUUCAAGCUCAUGAGGGACCUCGACGAUAGGGCGCACGGAAUAAUGAGAACAAUCGAUCUCAUGGCCGAUGAGUUACUUCCAAAUAUUCCGAAAAUGGAUGAGGAAACUAAGAAGGAAAAGGUAAAUACAAUUCAGGGCCUUUUUAACAAAGCAAAGGAAUACGGUGACGACAAAGUCCAACUCGCAAUACAGACGUAUGAGUUAGUCGACAAGCAUAUACGGCGACUGGAUUCCGACCUAGUUCGCUUUGAAUCGGAAAUCCAGGAGAAAGUCAUGAGUGCCAGAGCUGCUCAACAAGCAGCUGCUGACCAAGAGACUAACACAACUACAGUGAAAAAAGGUAGGAAAAAGCAUAAAGGGAAUGAGAAAGCGGCUGCUUCGACUGGUAAGAAAAAGCGCGCUGGUGCGUCCAGUGAGGAUGACGCGGUUGCAGCAGGCCGCUCAGCUGCCAAGAAGAAGGCUCAACGCAAAGGUGCAACUGCCACUGCUAAUGCUGUCAAAGAACAGGAAGAGACUCCAGAUUUGGAUUCUGUAGCCGGCAUGGCCCACCCUAGUGAUGUUCUUGAUAUGCCAGUGGAUCCCAAUGAGCCUACUUACUGCCUCUGCCACCAAGUGUCUUAUGGCGAGAUGAUAGGUUGUGAUAACCCUGAUUGCCCUAUAGAAUGGUUCCACUUCGCAUGUGUUGACCUCAAGAUCAAACCCAAAGGCAAGUGGUACUGCCCGAAGUGUACUCAGGACAGAAAAAAGAAAUGAUCCGCUGUGAAGCCAGUGGCUAAACCUGCAGAUAAGACUGCUAUGACUGUUAAGAAAGAACUCAAAUGACUUCCUUAUAAUUGAUUUUUAUAAGUUUAUAAUAUAAAGAAUAAAAUUUAAAAUUAAGCCUUAGCAAUAAAUAGUGGAUACAUAUAAAUAGCAUAUAGAAAGCUUCACAAAUGAUAAUUAUUAUGAUUGUUGAGGGUUUGUUUCCCAUAUAAUAAGAUAUUAGAUGAAUGACAA